AAGUAAACCCGAACGCGCCCUUCCCCCGUCCCUUUCCGGCUGGCAUCUAACGCAGGCGCGUAGAGUGCUCCAAUAUGGCGGCCCCCGUGGACCUGGAGCUGAAGAAGGCCUUCACAGAGCUUCAAGCCAAAGUUAUUGAUACUCAGCAGAAGGUGAAGCUUGCAGACAUACAGAUUGAACAGCUAAACAGAACGAAAAAGCACGCACACCUUACAGACACAGAGAUCAUGACGCUGGUAGAUGAAACUAACAUGUAUGAAGGCGUAGGAAGAAUGUUUAUUUUACAAUCCAAGGAAGUAAUUCACAACCAGCUGUUAGAAAAACAGAAAACAGCAGAAGAAAAAAUUAAAGAGCUGGAGCAGAAAAAGUCCUACCUGGAGCGGAGUGUGAAGGAAGCAGAGGACAACAUCCGAGAGAUGCUGAUGGCGCGGAGGGCGCACUAGGAGCUGCUGGCAGCCUCCCUCCACCCGACCUCUCCCAUCCUGGCAGGCGGGGGCUCCGCAGGCUCCUGUCCCCCGCGGCCCCUCACUCUCUCCAACACCUGGAGCCCCCUUCGGGCCCCACCCGAACGUCUGCCACCCCUGCCCGGGACACUGUUCUCCGGGGGCAAGCCAGGAGCUCUCCACGGAGGGGAGACUGGAGGCCGAUGGAGAAGGCUGCCCAAGCCUGCCACGAGGCAUGUGGGUUAGACCAAUAAAAGGCUGCGUCUUGCUCUGUG